GUUCCUCACCUCUAAGGAGCAGUUCCAUGCGUACCUGCGGGCCAGGGGCGAGCCCAGCGGCCAGGCAGGCAGGGAGGGCGAGGAGGAGGGCCCGGAGAAGAAGGCAGGCAGGCAGUGAGGGCGAGGAGGAGGUCCAGGAGAAGAAGGAGGUCUGCAGCUGCCAGAGUGAGCCCCCCACCAAACGGGUGAGGUCAGAGGACCUUGGUCAGGAUGAGGAAAGCCAAGAGGAUGUUGGAGCAGUGGAGAAGGAGCCCACAGAGCGGAAGCGGGCCCGGGGGCAGAAUAAGAGCAGGCCGUGUAUGAAACCCAACCACUACGAGCAGAGCAGGCUGUGUCCAUCUGUAACGCAGGGGUGUGCAGAGAAGUGCUACUUCGGCCCGCGGUGCUGCUUCCUUCAUGACAUCAGCGAGUACAUGGCCACGAAGCCGGCCGACCUGGGGCGCAGCUGUGUGCUCUUCGAAACCUUUGGCAAGUGCAUUUACGGUGUCACCUGCCGCUUUGCCCAGGCCCACCUUGGGGAUGGCUACCAGAACAUUGUCAACAUGGACUUGGCCAAGCAGUGGGAAGGGAAGUCACUGGUGAGGAACAACCUCUCCAAGGACCUCCAGCACCAGCUGCGCAAGAAGAAGUUUAGCUUCAAGAAGGCUGAUGAGUACCUCCGUGGUCUGGCCAAGCCCCAUGGUGGUGGUGGGAAGGGAGGCAAAGCCACAGGGUGCUCUACAGAGGAGCAAGAGAUGUCCAACUGCACAACACCCCAGGAGAAUCCUGGCCCCACAGCUGGCGAAGAGCCUUCCUCCAUCAAAACAGUGGGCGUGGUGACAGAUGAAGAUAUUAUAAAGCUGCGGUCAUGUGAGAAGAAGAAGUUGGAAAUUCAAGGCAAACUCUACUUGGCUCCACUGACCACGUGUGGUAACCUCCCUUUCCGAAGGAUAUGCAAGCGCUUCAGGGCAGACGUCACCUGUGGAGAGAUGGCAGUGUGCACAAACCUGCUUCAGGGCCAGUCCUCCGAGUGGGCUCUCCUCAAACGGCAUCAUACCGAAGAUAUUUUUGGGGUGCAGCUGGAGGGAGCAUUUCCAGACACGAUGACCAAAUGUGCAGAGCUCUUGAAUCAGACAAUUGAAGUGGACUUUGUAGACAUCAAUGUUGGGUGUCCCAUUGACCUGGUCUACAAGAAGGGAGGAGGCUGUGCUCUGAUGACUCGAUCCAACAAGUUUGAACAGAUUGUCCGAGGGAUGAAUUCGGUGCUGGAUGUCCCACUGACUGUGAAGAUACGGACAGGGGUGCAAGAAAAGAUUAAUGUGGCUCAUAAAAUUAUCCCCAAGAUCCGGGAGUGGGGAGCAUCCAUGGUCACGCUUCACGGCCGAUCCAGGGAACAGCGGUACACAAGGGGUGCUGACUGGGACUACAUAGCAGAAUGUGCUAAAAUAGCAAGCCCCAUGCCUCUUUUUGGAAACGGUGAUAUUUUGUCUUACGAAGAUGCUAAUCGAGCCAUGCAGAUGGGCGUUUCAGGAAUUAUGAUUGCAAGAGGGGCACUCAUCAAACCAUGGAUUUUCACUGAAAUUAAGGAACAGAGACACUGGGAUAUCUCCUCCAGUGAGAGAUUUGAUAUCCUCAAAGACUUCACCAACUAUGGCCUUGAGCACUGGGGGUCAGAUACUCAGGGAGUGGAGAAGACCAGGAAGUUCCUGCUGGAAUGGCUCUCGUUCCUGUGCAGGUAUAUUCCAGUUGGCUUAUUAGAACACCUACCUCAGAAAAUUAAUGAGCGGCCACCUUACUACAUGGGGAGAGACUAUCUAGAGACGCUGAUGGCAAGCCAAAACGUGGAUGAUUGGAUUAAAAUUAGUGAGCUCCUUCUGGGACCCGUACCUACCAGCUUCACCUUCCUGCCUAAACACAAGGCAAAUUCCUACAAGUAGAGCUGAUGAGGCCC